GGGAGGUCGGCAUUGGUGUUGAUGAGAUGUACAUUGGUCUUCGAAGUCGAACUGAGCCUGUUUGAGGAUACGAUGGCACUGGCAUGGUAUUGCGACGCCUGGGUAGAGGGUGGGGACAGAUCUGCAAGGAGGAGGGUGACACGUCAGGAGUCCCUUAGCAUUCCAAUAGUGCACCAAGCUGUAGCUACUGGGGGAGAAAGGGCUUUGCGACAGGAAGCAGUAGCCGAACGCUUACAAAGUGCUAGAGAAGCGGCAGCAGCAGCCGAGCAAACGCUUGCAGAAGCAAGAGCCACUGCAGCAGCUAUGGCUACUUCUGCUGCUACUUCAGCUUCUACAUCUGGCCAGACGAGAUUAGGCAUGCCGGACACUUCGCAGGCGACAAGCAGUUCUUCCAGUCAGAUAAUGGGCUCGCAGUACAGCUCGCCACCCCCACGCACUAGGGAAGCCAUUGAGCUCCAGCAAAUGGAGUUGAUCCGCUUACGGUUAGAGAAGGAACUUAGAGAAGCUACUGAAAGGCCAACGGAGAUUAGAACUAGGAAUGCUAGACUUGAGAAUAGGGAGGCAGUCAAAGCUGCAGUAGAAGGGUUAGAUGACGCUGUCAUUGAUGACAACACGCGGAUCCUCAAGGCAGGUCUCCUGUCCGUGCACGCAUACAUGGACAGCAAACUGGAUGCUAUCCAGGACACCUUUGACCAGAUACUGAGCACCAUGCAGGGAAUGGGAAGGGCUUUCCCAUCUCCAACACGUGGGACCAGUUUCCAGCCUCCAGUUUCCCAUCGCUGGGUUCCGCACCGGGGAUGACUAGUCCUACUACAGUUCACCACGCGCUGUGUCAGCAGCAGCAGCACAGACUGUUGCUUCUUCAUCUUUUGGAACUGCGGCUGGUGCUACACGACAGCCGGUCCCACCAGU